AUGGCAGCGGCAGGCGGACGGCUCCUGGCGGCGGCCGCGGCUUACUCGGGGCGAGCGGGCUGGGGCGGGCCGCGCCGCAGCCCGGCCGUGCCGCUUGUGCCCUGCCGGAGUGCCACUGUCACCCGCAGCGGCGCCAUUUUGCCCAAGCCGGUUAAGACGCCCUUCGGCCUCCUCAGAGUGUUCAGCGUUGUGAUCCCUUUCCUGUAUGUUGGGACUCAGAUCAGUAAGAACUUCGCAGCCCUACUUGAAGAACAUGAUAUCUUUGUCCCAGAGGAUGACGACGACGAUGACUAAAGGAACUGUUAACGGAAGAACAGAAGGGAGAAAACCAUUGACAAAGCAAUGGUUCCAACAUCUGUCACCUGUGGUUUGUCCUUCCUAAACGUGGACAGGGGGCUCUAUAUCCCCUUUGCCAACGAGUGUCCUGCGCAUGUCUGUAUGAUGGAAAUCUGUAGACCAGGGUUGAAGGAAGUGCUUGAUAGGCCCUCUAUCCUUGCACACACACGCUCACCUCAUCAAAGACUGCUUGGGAUUCCUUUUGUUAGCAAUAUGGGAAACACUUAAUUAAAGAUGAAGAGACUGAGAUGUA